GCGUGACGCUUGUGGCGGUUCGGGGCUGGCCAGCCUCGGUUUGGGCACGUGAGCGGCCUGCGUCACCCCUGUGGGGCGGGUGACGUCAUCACCGAGUGUUAGGUGGAAACACGACGGGUGAGGGGCCGUCGAGCCCCCCCUCCCCGUCCAGCCGGGCCGCGGGCGCAGCGGCGGCCCUGACGCCAUGUCUGGGGCGGGUGGAACCGCGCCGGGCCCUCGGCAGGACUCCGCCGCGCUGUCUUACGAUGUUAAUUAAUUCCUUUGCCGGCGUCCUAAUGGCGGGGUUUAAUUGCGAGGGGAGCGCGGAGGUUCUGUGACCUAUCCGCAGGCCUAGGUCGGGGGCAGCUCCCCUCACACCCGGCUCCGCGCAGGCCCUGCUGCCUACGCGUGUUUAGUACAAGUGCUCCUGCCACAGCAACUGUAAAGGGAAAUCAAGAUUCUCUCUUCAUGUCUCUUGAUCUUCACCAGACUUGAAGAACCUGUAGUUCUUAGAGCUGGAGGGUCAUCUUGCAAGCUGAUACCCUCCCACCUCGCGGAUGAAAAAGACAGAGAUUGAAGUGUAGAAGCACAGCUCUUAUUUGCAAAAAAGGACACAACUGGGAGGUGAUACUACACUGCCAAGGGAUACAAUUAUACUGCUGAAGCCAUGAUCAAAAUUGCAGACUAAAAGUUUGAGAUAAAAGGACAAGUGCAGACAGAACUGCCUUACAAGCCUUAAAGCUGGACGGCACGAAGGAGGGGACACCUGCUGUCCUUGUCCUUCUUUCGGGACACGAUACCAACAUCGCCGUUAGUAAAAGCAGGACGAAGACCACCGCGCUAAUUAUUGCCACAGCGGGGCCACUCAGGUGCCCUAACAGCUCAUUCCAGUCUCCUGGUGUUUCUCUAAUGCUCUCCCUCAUGCCUGUUUGGUAGCUAAAUGGAUUUCAAAACCUACGUGGAUCAAGCUUGUAGAGCUGCAGAUGAAUUUGUCAACAUUUAUUAUGAGACAAUGGAUAAAAGAAGAAGGGCUUUAACAAGACUUUAUUUGGACAAGGCAACUUUGGUUUGGAAUGGUAAUGCGGUGUCCGGCCAAGAAGAACUGAUUAAAUUUUUCGAAAUGUUGCCGUCUAGUGAAUUCCAGGUUAAUGUGUUGGACUGCCAGCCUGUUCAUGAGCAAGCUACUCAAGGCCAGACGACAGUCCUCGUGGUGACAAGUGGGACGGUAAAAUUUGAUGGCGACAAGCAGCGCUACUUCAAUCAGAACUUCUUGCUGACAGCACAAGCCACACCUACCAACACAGUGUGGAAGAUCGCCAGUGACUGUUUCCGCUUUCAGGACUGGGCCAGUUAGUGAGGACUGGUGACGGGAAGUGACCUCUCGCACUUGACAUGUUGAAGUUAGCUGUAUGAACAGUCGUUCUCCAUGCAGGGGAAACGCCCGCUCUUCAUGUUGAUCUGUCGUGAUGGAAAGCCUGCAUGCGUUCCAGGGUUGAUCCCAGUGACCACGGGUUUAGUAGAAAACAAUUUUAAAAUGUGGGAGGUUGCUCGUGUUAGUUGAACUUAAUAAAAUGCCGAAGGCAGUGAGCUGUGUUGGAAUCAUUCCUAAAAUGCCUUACAUGCAGCGGUGCUGCCACUUCCAGACUUCUUGUAUGUAAUCCCGAAUGCUGAAACUCUACUAUUUGAACACAAAAUCCUCUUAAUGUAAAAUUCUGACCAAACGUUAUUUUUUCAAUUUGAAAAGAUCUGUUUUUACAGUAGCAUCUUUCCUCUUUUGCAGAUGCUUGUGGCAUGUAGAUAGAAUUCUCAAAGCUACCUACUCUUGGUCGUAAGAGGCUGGGAAGCACUGACAGUGAUUUCUACUGUUUGUGAAAGUAGCAAGUACAGCUGCUGUGCAUGUAAUCUCUCAAAUAAUCCAUUGGAAAGCUAAUGUUACCUUCUCUGAUAUGAAAGGACUAAAUUUCAUCAGGUUUACUUUUGUCUUGAGCUUCUCGGGCUUCAGUUGUAGUUAACGUACAUUGAUUGGUAUGUAGGGUGUGCUGAGUGAUUCAGCGCUCCUGUGCCAACAGCUCGUCACGUGCGUGUGAAGGACUUCAAACUGAUUAUUUUUCUUUUGAAGUCUUACAGUAUAAGUAAUAGGUCAGUUGCAUCAUUUCUGUUUGCUUUAACUGUUAAUUCUGUUGCUAUGAAGUUUGGACUAUUUUUUCUCAUAUUCAGUCUGCAAGUUUUGAAUCCCUACUGUCUUUUCAGGAAACAUCGUAGUAAAUAAGUGGCACUGAAAGUGUGUAUUACUGUGAAGCCUUCAAUUUUUCUCUUCAGUACUGUUAUUCAGAGCAGGUGCUGUGAUUAUUUUCAACUUAGAAGAACAGCUCUGAACACAAAUACCAUCUUCCUGUCAUGCAGAUUUUUACUGUAGUUUUCAUGUUCUUUUUAAAUAUUACCUUUAGUUACUGAUUCUGGGGAUUUUUGUGUCUCCUGCUUUAAAUUUGCAGUUUAAAGCUUUCGUCUGCUUUAAAAUAGUUCUCAAGACUGCAGGUUAAGACUGUCCAUCUUACUGUGGGAACAUAAGAAUAAAUCUGCCUAUCAGCAGAUUUGUUUCAAACUGGUACAUUUCUAUUUUAAGCUGAGUAAAAAAAAAAUAAUCAGAACUUAGCUAUAUAUGUGAAAGUACACUUGCUUGUAACUGAAAAUACAAGAGGGGAACUUGCAACUCUGAUCUUAAUACUGGUUGCAGUGGCAGCAGCAGCCUGAACACAAAAGCAGUUACAACUGCAGCUCACUUGUUUUUAUGACUCACAUUGGGAAAACGGUGAAAAUGCGCAAUAUCUAACUUCUGUAAAACAUCUUAAAACAUCUGUAGUUUGCGAUAUAAUCCCCAAAAUAAUGGGAUGUUUAGGUGGAAUGGGUGGUUUUAUUUCCUUUUAAGGCACUGUAGUCUUUACAUCAGUCAGUUAGAAUUAGUAACCUGUCUGUUCAGAAGCGUUUAUGUUCUGAACUAUUGUGUAACUUUUUCCACCUGAAGAAUAUGAAUUCCUGCAACACAAUGCAGGAAGUCCAGAAUUUUUGAAAACUGUAAAAACUGUAAAUAUGGUGUUAUUUCUGUAUGUAGUGAAGAAAGGAUCACUCUAUUUAAUUACUGUGUAUUCCUAACAGAAUAUGCAAGGUUCAUAUAUUUGUAUUUCUUCUUCUACAAGUUUGAAAAGAAAACCCUAGAUUUGCCUGUUACUGAUACAGCAUUGUUGAACUCUGGCAGUGGCGUGAUGAGCUUUUCUGGUUUUUUAAUUUGCCAUUGAUGAUGUAAGUAGUGUUACAGAUCUGCUUUGCAUAUACUGAACAGGUUUUGACUUCUGAAAUGUAGCGAUGGGUGCAGUGGUAGCAUUUGCUUGUUGAACUUUGAAGGCAGUCACCAGAACACACACCUAUAUCUGUACCUGAUAAGCUUGUCCCAGGAAUAAAUGCUGGUUUUAUUAAUGCUUUAAUUUGGAUAGUAGCUCUUCAGCUUUUUCUAGGCAGAUUGGGAGAUUUAGAACAUAGAACAUUUUUGAUUGAAUUGUCUCAAUUGAAAUAUUGAGACAAUGUUUCAAUCGAAUGUUAUUCUUCUCAUUUAUUUUCAUGCUGUUCAAAUGCAGGCUGCUUUUAAAUCUGACUUCUGCAAUUAAUAUUAAAAAAAAACUCAAACAAAAAAAGUCAAUGCUACCUGGAGCACUACUUAGGAAGCUUACUAACUGGCCUAGCUGGACAAACCCAGUGUAAACUCCUAGUAAGAUGUGUAGUUGGAAUUGGGCUUGAUAUUUGUACAGGGGGUUUUGGAGAGAAAUUUGUUAGAACAUAAUUGCUUCAGCCUUGGGAGAAGUGCCAGUUGUGUACUGCCUAUUUCCAUCAUCAUUGGUGCGGAUCACUUUAGGGUGAUUCAGUACUACCAUGAUUAGCUGUUGCCCUUUAUAGUUAAAAACGCUGUUUUACAAACUAUUUUUAUGGAGCAUACGAAAUGAUAAUGUAGCUGUUAGAUUAAGUAAAUUAUUUUACAGUAACGGCACAAACAAAAAAUCUCUUCAUCCUAGCUGGAGAGGUUAGGCAUGCUGCAGCUCUGUGUGGCUUGUUAAGACUUCUGUGCAGAACAGAACAUAAAAAUGCUUUUUGUUUUCUUCAGUACAAAACUAUAUGUCUGGUUUUGUGUUCCCUGUUGCUGACUCUGCUGUUAAUAUCCGAAAUUUACAGUGGGCAUCUAUAGAGUGAACAUGUUUAGACUCUAAACUGCAAACAGGAGUUAAUGCUGCCUUUUUUUGCUGUUUGAUACCAAGUUACUCAUGUACAACCAGUCAGUGAAACAAAGCCCGCUGGAGCGCUGAGCAGUUACACAUCCUGAAUUGUGGCCACUGCAGACUUGAUAGGUCUUCUCUUUUGUGCAUGUUCCCUGUAUUGUCUUUAACAGUCACUGGUUUUAUGUUGUGUUGGUUUUUUGCAUACUACAGUUAAAUCGACUUAAAAGUACUUGUGCUGUUUCUUGUAAUGGAGAAAAGUUAUUUGUUCCAAUGGUUUUGAUAUGCAUACUGACUGGAGAAAAGCACAUUAUGAAGAAAUGCUGCUUUAUCAGUAAAGUAACUUUCCACACUUGAAUAUAUUUUGUAAUUUUUUGAAAUUGUUUAAGGCUUCUUCUAUGAUUAAUUUAAGAAAAAAAAACCAAAAACCUACCUGAUGUUCUGCGCUUUUUUUAUUGUUAGAAGUUUUCGUAGUUUUUUCUUGUGAUAUUAAAAGUGCAAGAAAUAA